AUGGUGAAUAUGAUGUUUCGAAGCCAGAUCGGGAGAAAUAUGGAAGUUUACAUUGAUGAUAUGCUGGACAAGAGCACGAAGAGACACUACGCGAAGUCCACGAAGGGAUUUGUGGGGGACACAUCGGGGGUAGAGCACUGGCCUACAAGCUCAUCCGCAAUCGAACGAUCAAGCAAAAAAGCCAACCAUAUAUUUCUAGAUGAAAUAAAAAAGAGGUUGGACUGGGAGAAGAAGAACUGGGCAGAUCAACUACUCAGUGUACUUUGGGCUUAUCGCACUUCAGCUCAGACCCCCACAGGAGAGACACCAUUUUGGUUGGCAUACGGGACUAAAGCGUUAACCCCUAUGGAGGUAACCCAAGCCUCAUUUCGAUCAGCAGUGUUCGAAGCCUCACAGAACAAAGCCGGGCUCCAAGCAAACACUGACUUUAUAGACGAAGUUCGGGAGGAAGCACUUGAUCAAAAUGAAACCUACAAGCAGAAAGUCUGA